AUGCAGUGUAGCAUUCAUGUGCCUGAAGAGGCGCCGUCAGCGGCUGACCAUGGUGGCUAUUGUGAUGAUAUCACCAAGACCUUAGCUAGUGUUGCUUUUGGAUGCAAGCGAGAGGGUCUAAUCAAGGUUGAUACGGGCGAUUUGGAUCCCAUCGUU